AGUUGUAUUAUUUCUAACGUGCUUAGAACGUGCUCUCAGUGUCAGUUUGUAUUUGUCACAAAAUGGUGCUUCAAUCGGCUUACGAUAACGAAGGUUUCCACAACAAUGAACCUUGCGGUUAUGAUAAUGAGGCCGCGAAGACUCAUACAUUUGAUGAGGCUAUAGAAUUAGCAGGUAAUGGCCGCUACAACAUAAUUCUUCUAGCCACCAUGAGUACGGCCAUCAUAGCCAUGGGCUUGGACAUGUUUGGCUUCUCCGUUAUUGUUACAGGAGCCUCUUGCGACUUCCAGUUGGACCACGCUCAAAAGAGCAUCCUUCUGUCCAUGCCGUUUGGGGGUUCGAUCAUCAUGGCGUAUCCAUGGGGGUAUAUAUCGGACACUCAGGGUCGAAGAAAAAGUUUGUUGAUAGCCUUGUCGAUCAGCUACGUAGUGUCUACCUUGAGUGCCUUCUCACCUCACUGGAUAGUAUUAGCUGUUUUACGUUUUAUCAGCACCAGCUUUUGUAGCUGUGCGCAGUCAGCAACGUAUACGUUACUCGGUGAAUCAUGCUCGGUGAGAGUAAAGGGUGCUUUCUUACUGAUCAUGACAAGUGUUCUGAAUUUUGGUUUCGCGACAUAUAUGCUGAUAGCAUACGGAAUCCUAAAUCAAAAAUUCUCAUAUGACCUUGGUCUUCUGACUUUCAUACCGUGGCGUCUUCUGACCAUCGUACUGGCUUUGCCCCUCGGGAUCAGCGCUAUAUCUCUGUUCUUUUUGUGCGAAAGCCCAAAGUUCCUCUUGAAUAGUAACAAAGAGGGUCAGGCUUUGGAAGUGAUCAAGAGAAUUUGGGAGAUUAAUCGACAAGACGGUUUGUUUCCGGUCAAGAAACUAGUGCUGAACGAGGAGGGCAACGUGAGUUCUAAGGAUGUGCCGUUCCUAAGGUCCCUGUGGCAACAGACGGUACCGUUGUUCAAACCGCCUCUUCUAUUUGCAUCCGUUUAUCUCCCCCCGGACAAGCCCCUUCUGAGCAGUGACAUCGAGUCACUGUUCGGCAUGGGAGACUCCGUCAUCCUGGCAGGCGAUUUAAAUUGCCACCACACUAGGUGGAACUGCCACAGUUCAAACAUAAAUGGUAGGCGUCUCGACGCGUUUAUAGACGACCUUACCUUUGAAGUAGUCGGUCCCCCAACUCCAACAUGUUAUCCGUAUAACAUCGCGCUCCGUCCGAGCACUAUAGACCUGGCACUGCUGAGGAACGUAACUCUGCGCUUGCGUUCCAUCGAAGCAAUGUCAGAGCUCGACUCGGACCACCGACCUGUCGUUAUGCAGCUCGGUCGCCCCCACAACCCAGUCACUGUUACGAGGACCAUGGUGGAUUGGAAUAAGCUGGGCACGUGCCUAGCCGACACCGCUCCGCCAAUCCUCCCUUACGGCCCGGAUUCGAAUCUAUCCCCCGAGGACACCGUCGAAUCCAUAAACAUCAUUACCGAUCACAUAUCUUCCGCGAUCAUUAGAUCUUCUAAAGAAGUCGAUGUGGAGGACAGCUUCCACCGCAUCAGACUGUCCCCCGAUCUUAGGAAUCUCUUAAGAGUUAGGAACGCGGCAAUCCGGGCCUACGAUCGUCUUCCCACGCAUUCAAACCGGAUUCGGAUGCGUCGUCUACAACGCGAAGUCCACUCCCGCUUAAGCGACGCGCGUAACGAUAAUUGGCAUAGUUAUUUAGAACAACUCGCGCCCUCCCACCAAGCAUACUGGCGACUAGCUAGGACUCUCAAAUCCGAAACUAUAGCCACUAUGCCUCCCCUCGUACGCCCUUCAGGCCAACCACCGGCAUUCGAUGACGAUGACAAGGCUGAGCUGCUGGCCGAUGCACUGCAAGAGCAGUGCACCACCAGCACUCAACACGCGGACCCCGAACACACCGAGUUAGUCGACAGGGAGGUCGAGCGCAGAGCUUCCCUGCCGCCCUCGGACGCGUUACCCCCCAUUACCACCGACGAAGUUAGAGACGCGAUCCACAACCUACAACCUAGGAAGGCACCCGGCUCCGACGGCAUCCACAACCGCGCGCUUAAACUCUUGCCAGUCCAACUGAUAGCAAUGUUGGCUACAAUUUUAAAUGCCGCUAUGACGCACUGCAUCUUUCCCGCGGUGUGGAAAGAAGCGGACGUUAUCGGUAUACAUAAGCCGGGCAAACCGACAAACGAAACUUCUAGUUACCGUCCGAUUAGUCUCCUCUCGACGAUAGGAAAAAUUUACGAACGGCUCCUUAGGAAACGCCUCUGGAAUUUUGUUACCGCGAACAAAAUUCUCAUAGACGAACAGUUCGGAUUCCGCUCAAAACACUCGUGCGUACAACAAGUGCACCGCCUCACGGAGCACAUUCUGAUAGGACUAAAUAGGCGUAAACAAAUCCCGACCGGCGCCCUCUUCUUCGACAUCGCGAAGGCGUUCGACAAAGUCUGGCACAACGGUUUAAUUUAUAAACUAUACAACAUGGGAGUGCCAGACAGACUCGUGCUCAUCAUACGAGACUUCUUGUCGAACCGUUCGUUUCGAUAUCGAGUAGAGGGAACUCGUUCUCGUCCCCGUCAACUGACUGCCGGAGUCCCGCAAGGCUCCGCGCUCUCCCCGUUAUUAUUUAGUUUGUAUAUCAAUGAUAUACCCCGGUCUCCGGAGACCCAUCUAGCGCUCUUCGCCGAUGACACGGCUAUCUACUACUCGUGUAGGAAGAUGUCGCUGCUUCAUCGGCGACUCCAGGUCGCAGUAGCCACCCUGGGACAGUGGUUCCGGAAGUGGCGAAUAGACAUCAACCCCACGAAAAGCGCAGCGGUGCUCUUCAAAAGGGGUCGCCCUCCGAACAUCACUUCGAGCAUCCCACUCCGUAGUAGGCGCGCAAACACCUCCGCCGUUAGUCCCAUCACUCUCUUUGGCCAGCCCAUUCCGUGGGUCUCGAAGGUCAAAUAUCUAGGCGUCACCCUCGACAGAGGGAUGACAUUCCGUCCCCAUAUAAAAACGGUACGCGACCGCGCCGCGUUUAUUCUAGGACGACUCUAUCCAAUGCUUUGUAGUCGAAGCAAACUGUCCCUCCGCAAUAAGGUAACUCUCUACAAAACUUGCAUACGCCCCGUCAUGACGUAUGCAAGCGUAGUGUUCGCUCACGCAGCCCGCACCCACUUGAAAUCCCUUCAGGUUAUUCAAUCACGAUUCUGCAGGAUAGCCGUCGGAGCGCCUUGGUUCCUUAGGAAUGUGGAUCUCCACGACGACCUGGAGCUCGACUCUCUUAGUAAGUAUCUACAGUCGGCAUCGCUGCGCCAUUUUGAGAAGGCGGCACGACAUGAGAACCCUCUCAUCGUAGCCGCUGGAAAUUACAUACCCGACCCAGUAGACCGAAUGGUAAACCGUCGACGUCGCCCAAAGCACGUCAUUACGGAUCCUCCUGAUCCAUUAACGGUGCUUUUAGGCACCACAAGCACCGGUCACCGUCCUCGUCGAACCCGUCGCUUGCGACGAAGGGCUCGACGAGCGAACUAACCCAUAGACACAGCCCACUGAGUUUCUCGCCGGAUCUUCUCAGUGGGUCGCGUUUCCGAUCCGGUGGUAGAUUCAGCGAAGCACUGCUCUUGCUAGGGUCAGUGUUAGCAACUCUCCGGUUGAGCCCCGCGAGCUCACCUACUAACGUUAGGAUGAAGCUGAAAUAGCCUCUCAAGGCUAUCAGCAUAGGUAGGGAAAAAAAAAAAAAAAAAAAAAA